GGUAAUCAAGGAAACUUUAGGCCACCACCACAAUCACAGGGAAGUCAGUAUGGUGGUGGUGCUCCACCAAAUUACGGACAUCAAGGACCUCCACCAGGUUCUUAUGGACCGCAAGGACAGCAGGGAUAUCAAUAUUCAGGUCCUCCUCCUCAAGGUCGUCCUCCAAAUAGUGCUCCUCAGCAACCACCACCAGGUGCUGACCAACAGCUUUUCUUUUGGUUUCAAGCUGUAGAUACUGAUAAGAGCGGAGCUUUGACCACGGAAGAAUUACAAAAAGCUUUAAUUAAUGGCGAUUGGAGUCCGUUCAAUAUUGAAACUGUUCGUUUAAUGAUGAAUAUGUUUGAUACUGAUAAUACUGGCACAAUCACUUUUCCAGAAUUUGCAGGACUUUGGCGUUAUAUUGAAGAUUGGAAAAAAUGUUUCCAAACUUUUGAUGCUGAUGGUUCUGGCACUAUUAAUUUCGCCGAAUUAAAAAAUGCUUUGAGAACAUUCGGUUAUAACUUGAGUGAUAAUUUCAUUAACCUUCUUAUUAAAAAAUAUGAUAAAUAUGGCGGUGCCAAAAAUGCAGGGAAGGGUGACGUAACUUUUGACAAUUUCGUGACACUUACAGAUGCCUUUCGACGUUAUGAUACCGAUAGUGAUGGUUGGAUUUUGAUUAAUUACGAACAGUUUUUGGAAUUGGUAGUCAACAAUCGAUAG